GCAUUUAUUUCUUGCUACGGAGCGCAUUUCUUAGGAAAUAAAAGCUGGCGCUGAGAUCUGCUGUCUCUCUUCAUCUUCCCUCCUCAACUCACGCACACAGUUUCAGUCUCGUCAAAAACCAACCCGACAACGCCUAAACCCUUCUAGACAUACACAAAUACCACCAGUACCACCAAUAGAAUGAAGUUGAGCAAGGCAACUAUGACCUCGACUCCUCCAGCGCAAAGCGCUCAGUGCAAGGCCCCAGCGAUGGACUCUCAGUUCCCGUUUGAAAAGCUUCCAGGCGAGCUUCGCAACCAAAUAUACCAAGAGGUGCUCGUUCAAGACGUCUACAAGAUUAAAUCCGACGACAAUCUCCGAUGGAACGCCUCGAAGAAGAAGUGUGAGCCGAGCGGUUUCCGGUUCGUUGACGACAACAAAGCCGCUACUCUACAAUGCUUUGCCCUGAAUCAUCAGAUCUACGCGGAGGCAAAGUCAUUGUUCUGGGCCCAAAACACAUUCUGCGUUGUUGCAGAAGAGAAGUUGCCGAUUACCACCGCUCGAUUCUUUCUCGCAGCCAUCGGGAAAUCUGGACGUGACUCGAUCCAGCACCUUGAAGUCGCCGACAUCAUCAGAGAACCAUGGAAGACUUCGCUGCAAGAAGGGGCAGAUUCAGUCCGCGCACUCACUUCUUUCGUGAAUAUCUUCAAUUUCUGCUGGUCUAUAAAGACCUUACAUCUCGACUUAGGUCUUCCCCUGCUAUGCAUAUCUCGCGAGAGCUUCCCCACUUAUCAAUCUAAAGGUAUAAAAGGGUACCAGACCAAGAUCGACUUGCUUCUCUUUCUCGCAAGUAAGAAAUCACUGAAGACCCUGGAGAUUACUUGGAAGAGCUUCAAAUAUGCCAAUGAUCAAACCAAAUGCGAAAAAAGAUUGAAUUGGAUUUCACAAAGAUUCUCCGUUCGGAACUUGCCCCGCGGUGCAAAUUAGUGGUGAAGAAAGAUGGAUAAUCUCUUUUCCCUCUAAACUGACUACGAACUACACUGCUAGAACGUUUAUUUGGUGCUGCUGCUUAGGCCACAGCAAUCAAAUCUUUGUCUUUCAGGUACGAGCUCUCACAAUCUUGGGCACAGCACGAGAACCGAAGU